AACCUGAUAACCUGAGUAUUAUCAUUUUGACUCUAGGAGCUCGCCUUCACAGAAUCAUAGUCGCGUGAAAAUAAACGAUACAACUCCUGCAACUUUAAAGCAAAGAUUGGAAGUGCGGGGAAUUAAGAAAAACAAUGUUUACCGCAAACGAGAAUUCAAGGCGACCUCCAGGGGCCCGGCUGCAAAAUGGCAAGUUAGAUCUGGGAGGACCCAGAAACGAUGCAUCAUGGGCGUUCGGGACACAGGCGCCGUCGAGAACAGGUGGUCCAAGUUUCGCGCAAACAAUAGGUGGUGGCAGCCAGAGUAGACCUUUCGAUCCAAGUGAAUUCCCAUCGUUAGGUGGAGGAACUCAGCAAUCCGGAAUUCCAUCAGCGUGGGCGGCAAACGUCCGUCCUCGUAGUCCCGAGAGACGUCAGAUGGCAGGCUAUGGUCGAGGAGCGGGUCCCGCUGCCGUAGAUGAGGCGCGGAGAGAGGUGCUACCUCCCGGCGCUGAAGGUUAUCGCUUCGGCAACGGACAGAUCAAUCAGACAGCUAACCGUGGUACUGCCCGGAGCCCUUAUCCAACACAAGUCCAAGACCAGCCAGAACCGAUUGGCUAUACUGGUCGUCAGGAUCAGCACAUUUCUCUACACAAUGACGAUCCCUCUUCCACACCCACCGCAUCCCAGCAUCCUCCUGAUCAACUAGCGCCAUCAAAUAAGCGUCUCAGCGAAAUGUCCGAUCGUGAACGAUAUGGCAUGGCUGGACUGUUAGCACGAAUGAACCCGGAACAUCCUGACCAUAAUCCUUUGCUCAGCGGCAUCGAUCUCACAAAGCUUGGCAUCAAUAUGGACCAAUCUGAACCUUUGAUUGAUACCUGGGCUGGCCCUUUUGAUGAGCAGAACUUCGUCGUGCCGGACUUCCAUCUUCCAGCAGCUUACACAGUAACUAACGUACCAUCCCUCGCAAGCAAAAUUGAUUCUUUCAGUGACGAAACGCUCAUCAUGAUCUUCUACGAUCAUCCACGUGACAUUGCUCAGGAGCUCGCUGCACAACAGCUGUACAAGCGUGAUUGGCGUUGGCAUAAAGUGAUGCGCUGCUGGAUGAUGAAGGAUCCCAAUCAGCAAAUGCAUGGCUAUGGUCAAGGACCUAUUCGACUAAGCGACAAGAGCGAACGCGGUAUGUACAUCUUCUUCGACAUUAACAACUGGCGCCGCGAGCGCAAAGAGAUCGUCCUCAAUUUCGAUGACUUGGAUACUCGACCAAGUUUAAUGCAGGGCACCGGUUUGACUGCUGCUGCUGCCGCCGCUGCCGCUAGUGCCAACGGCCUCGGUCGGGCACAUGCCGUUGGUGGCUUUGCUGCUGGAGGCUUAGGUGCUGCCUUUGGCGGUGUGGGAGGCGCUUAGGCUUUGUCUGAUCUACGCAAAAGAGCCAUUUGAAGCGAAGGGAGUGCGCGAACAACGAUGGAUGUCUUGUACAUACGACAGUCUGACGUCGUCCAUUAUCUCGACGUGCAUCUAUAGCUCGGCAAGUUUAAUGACAGAGCGGCAUGAGUGGAUCUUGCGAGGGAAUUUUCGCCGCAUUUCAAACCACAACGUAGCGAGAUGGAGAGGCAGCCCCUCCUUUUUACUUUAAUAGCGCCCAUACCUUCCCUCGCUUUCCAUCUUUACCAGUCUAUUGCGUAUAUACAAGAGGGUCAUACGUGACCCAUUCCAUGCACACUUAGAGAAUGAAUAUGAACG